AUGGCGCCCGGAGCCAUCGUUGGCGACGAGGACAAGUUGGCAAUUGUGCCCAAGCAAGACGCCGUGCCCAACCUUUACCAAGGUCUCGACGAAGAUGAGCUUCGCGCCAAGUCAGAAAAGCACCUUCUCUACUACGGCUCCAAAUUCCACAAAGAUGUAAUCACCGGCGCUCGCGGGCUGUACAUUUACACGGCGUCCGGGCACCGCAUCUUGGACUGGACAUCGGGCCAGAUGUCGUGCCUUCUCGGCCACGGACACCCCGAGAUUGUCAAGGUCAUCUACGACCAUGCCCUGCAGCUCGAUCAUCUGUUUUCCGGAAUGAUGUCCCCGCCAGUCAUCUCCCUCGGGGAGAGGCUCUGCAAGGCGCUCCCGGAGGGACUCGACCGGGCCUUCUUCCUUUCCACCGGCGGAGAGAGCAACGAGGCGGCCAUCAAGCUGGCCAAGGUCUACACGGGCAAGUUUGAGAUUGUGGGCAUCGGGGCGUCGUGGCACGGCAUGACUGCGCAGGCGCAGGGAACGCAGUAUCACUUCGGCCGCCGCGGCCAUGGCCCGCUGAUGCCGGGCAUGCACAUGCUGCCGGCGCCCAACGCCUACCGCUCGGUGUUCAGCAGGCCGGAUGGCUCAUACGACUGGGAGGCGGAGCUGGACCACGGUUGGAGGAUGAUUGACCUGCAGUCCUGCGGCUCGCUUGCCGCCUGCAUCGUCGAGUGCAUCCAGAGCUCGGGAGGCAUGCAUGUCCUGCCGCCGGGAUACCUCAAGGCCCUGAAGAAGCACUGCGAGGCGCGAGGCAUGUUGCUCAUUGUCGACGAGGCGCAGACGGGAGUCGGUCGGUGCGGCGACUUCAUGGCCAUCAACCACGAGGACGUCGUCCCCGACAUCCUGACACUCUCCAAAACCCUCGGCAACGGCCUGCCCCUUAGUGCCGUCGUGACCAGCGACAAGAUUGGCCUCGAGGCCGCCGACAGGGGCUACUUCUUCUACACCACGCACGUCAACGACCCCCUCCCCGCGGCCGUCGGCGACAAGGUGCUUGAGAUUCUCUUCCGGGACGACUUGGUUGCGCACUCGCGGAGGAUGGGCGAGGUGCUCCACGCCGGGCUGCAGAAGCUCUACUCUAGGUACGGCUGCAUCGGCCAGGUGCGCGGCCGAGGGUUGAUGGCGGGCGUCGAGAUUGUCGAGGACCGAGGCACCAAGGCGCCUGCGAACGAGCUGGCCAAGCGCGUGGGAGACCUGGCUUACAGCCUGGGCCUGUGGGCGAAUCUGAGCAGCCACCCUAGCUUUGGGGGUGUCUUCAGGAUUGCGCCCCCGAUCACGGUUACGGCCGAGCAGAUUGAGGAGGGGCUGGAAAUCCUGGAGAAGGCUUUUGCACAGACGGAGGGAACCCUCCCCUUGUACCCAAAGGGGGAACAUGAACGUAUUGGCUUAGCGAUGUAA